AUGGGCGCGUGCUGCAGCUGCUUUUGCUGCCCGAUCUGCACCGCGUGCGGCACCGCGUGCUCGGUUCCGUGCGCGACGUGCUGCGACUACGGCGGCCUCGCCUGGCUGGAGCGCGACUCCACCCUCGCGCUCAGCCUCGCAUCGCUCCUCCUCGGCCUGUGUCUGCACCUCAUCAUGACGGUGCAGUGCGCCGCCCUGCACGACACGUCGUGGUCGCCGCUUCCGACGCACUACGAGAACGGCCCGUGCUUCGGCUCCGGGGGCGACAACGCCUACGCCAACCACGGACUCUUCGGGGCGGUGUUCAUGGGGGUCGGGUUCCCGUUCACCGCGUGCUGCCUGUACGCGCGCGCGACGAAGGCGAGGCACCGGGAGCAGCGACGGAUGCUGGGAUUGGCGGAACCGGUGACGUACUGGUGGGGGUUCACGCACAGCUUCAGGAGGGUGUACUAUACCAUGCCGAUGGCGCCGGUGGUUCCCGGGGGGCUGGCCAUGGGCGGGGCCGGGAGCGCGCUCUACCCGCACGCCCCAUUCGGGGGGGCGUCGCCGCCGAGUCCACGACGACCCGACGAGGUUCCGUUGGCGGCGGUUGUGGUCGAUCCAACGCCCGCGGUGGACGACGGGGCGACCGCACCGCCGAUCGAGUCGAUGGACGCGAGCGGCGUGCCCCGGACGCCUCGCACCCACGCGGUUUCCGACGCGUAG